CCAGGAUUCGGCAGGCUCCAUCUCACCCCCGGGUUGGGACGGAGCCUCGGCCGAGGAAACAGCCCCUCGCCGCAUCGUAUAACGAUUGUGUCUACAAGUCCGAGGGUAAUACGGCCGAUGUCCAUUUGAAGCAGCCUUCGCCUGCUUUCACUCCCUUAUCCGACUCUUCUCCCUUCGUUAGAAUCGCGACCGAAACUGGGUCCCGGAACUCAGUUGAACCUUUUUUUGCAGACGUUUCCAGCCGUGGGACUUUUUGUUGCCAUUUGAUCCACCCCAUUGCGCCGCGUUUGCGCCGCGUGUGUGCACCCUUCACGCUGCUGCGAAGAUGCCUUUCGACACCGAGUUGACCCGCCGACUCGGCAUUGCAGUCCCCGUCGUGCAGGGCGGCAUGCAGCAUGUCGGAACCGCCGAGAUGGCGAGCGCCGUGUCCAACGCGGGUGGCCUGGGUAUCAUCACGGCCCUGAUCUGGCCCGACCCGGAAGGUUUCCGCCAGGAGAUCCGCAAGUGCAGGAAGCUGACGAGCAAGCCGUUUGGUGUCAACAUCACCCUGCUCCCGGCGCUUGUUCCGCCAGACUACGAGGCGUACGCCCAGGUUGCCAUUGACGAGGGGAUCAAGAUCGUCGAGACGGCCGGUAACUCGCCGGGGCCCGUCAUCUCCAAGCUCAAGAAAGCCGGCUGCAUCGUUCUGCACAAAUGCACCACCAUCAGGCAUGCCCAGUCAGCCGUCAAGCUUGGUGUCGACUUUUUGAGCAUCGACGGCUUCGAGUGCGCAGGCCACGUCGGCGAGUCGGACAUCACAAACUUCAUCCUCCUCGGCCGGGCGCGGCAGACGCUCAAAGUCCCCUUUAUCGCCUCGGGUGGCUUCGCCGACGGGCAGGGUCUCGCGGCCGCGCUCUGCCUCGGCGCCUGCGGCAUCAACAUGGGCACCCGGUUCUUGUGCACCGUCGAGAGCCCCGUCCACCACAGCAUCAAGGAGCAGAUCGUCAAGGCGCAAGAGACGGACACGGCACUGGUCAUGCGGCGCUGGCGCAACACGACCCGCCUGUACCGCAACAAGGUCACGGAGCAGGCGCUCAAGGUCGAGCGCGAGAGCAAGACGGGCGAGUUCUCCGAGAUUGCCCCCUACGUCAGCGGCAAGCGCGGUCGGGAGGUGUUCAUCAACGGCGAUCCCGAACACGGCGUGUGGACCGCCGGACAGGUCAUGGGCCUGAUCCACGACAUUCCUACCUGCAAGGAACUCAUCGCGAGGAUCGAGAAGGAGGCGGAAGAAACGUUGAAGGAGAGGUUAGCACUGGUCAAGCCUGCGCCGAAGCUGUAAUCGAUGCGCUUGCUUGUUUGUUUGUGUGUGAGUGAUCUAAGUUAGAGCUUUGUGUUUCUGGUAACACUGGGGUCCAGCACUUGUUUUUUUUUUUUUUUUUUUUCAUUUUUAUUUAGGUAUCAUGAUGCGCUUGAUGAUUAUGGUUUUCUGUCUCUCAAUCUGGGUGCCACAGGCGA